UGACGUCAGAAGCGGGCGCCGACACUGCAGCAGCAAGUGUCCGCGCCUGCGCUCUGCCCUGGCGGCGGCCUGGGGCGGACUCCCGAGCGUGACUGCUACCGGAGUGGCUGCGGCCGGGUCUGUAGCCUGACAGGUCCUUAAGCCGAGGACCAUGAACCGCAGCCGCCAGGUGACAUGCGUGGCCUGGGUCCGCUGCGGCGUGGCCAAAGAGACGCCAGACAAGGUAGAGCUAAGUAAAGAAGAAGUAAAACGUCUCAUUGCUGAAGCAAAGGAAAAAUUGCAAGAAGAAGGUGGCAGUGAUGAAGAGGAGCCAGGCAAUCCUUCAGAAGAUGGCAUGCAGAGUGCACGCACCCAGGCUCGACCAAGGGAGCCCUUGGAGGAUGGUGACCCAGAGGAUGACAGGACACUAGAUGAUGAUGAGCUGGCUGAGUACGACUUAGAUAAAUAUGAUGAGGAGGGUGACCCAGAUGCGGAGACUCUUGGUGAAUCUCUCUUGGGUCUUACGGUCUAUGGGAGUAACGAUCAAGAUCCUUACGUUACUCUGAAAGAUACAGAACAAUAUGAACGUGAAGAUUUCUUGAUUAAGCCCAGUGACAAUCUUAUAGUUUGUGGCCGAGCUGAACAGGACCAGUGCAAUUUAGAGGUGCAUGUUUACAAUCAAGAAGAAGACUCUUUUUAUGUGCACCAUGAUAUACUCUUGUCUGCAUAUCCUCUGAGUGUGGAAUGGCUGAAUUUUGAUCCUAGCCCAGAUGAUUCUACUGGAAAUUAUAUUGCUGUGGGAAACAUGACCCCCGUUAUUGAAGUGUGGGACCUUGAUAUAGUGGACUCUUUAGAACCAGUAUUCACUCUUGGAAGUAAGCUUUCAAAAAAGAAGAAAAAGAAAGGAAAGAAGAGUUCCUCAACAGAAGGGCAUACUGAUGCUGUCCUUGACCUUUCAUGGAAUAAGCUAAUCAGAAAUGUGUUGGCAAGUGCAUCAGCUGACAAUACUGUAAUUCUGUGGGAUAUGUCCUUGGGGAAACCAGCAGCUAGCCUCGCCGUACACACAGACAAGGUCCAGACUCUUCAGUUUCAUCCAUUUGAAGCACAGACUCUGAUUUCUGGAUCAUAUGAUAAGUCAGUGGCUUUGUAUGACUGCCGAAGUCCAGAUGAAAGCCAUCGAAUGUGGCGAUUCAGUGGGCAGAUUGAGAGAGUGACUUGGAAUCACUUUUCACCUUGUCAUUUUUUGGCCAGUACAGAUGAUGGCUUUGUAUAUAAUUUGGAUGCACGUUCAGAUAAGCCAAUUUUUACACUUAAUGCCCACAAUGAUGAAAUCUCUGGUCUUGAUCUAAGCAGUCAAAUCAAGGGCUGUCUUGUGACUGCUUCAGCAGACAAAUAUGUGAAGAUCUGGGACAUCUUAGGAGAUAGGCCAAGUCUAGUUCAUUCUAGGGACAUGAAAAUGGGAGUUCUCUUCUGUUCUUCAUGUUGCCCGGAUUUGCCAUUUAUUUAUGCCUUUGGAGGUCAGAAAGAAGGGCUUCGGGUCUGGGAUAUAAGCACAGUCUCGUCAGUAAAUGAAGCAUUUGGAAGACGAGAGAGGCUUGUUCUCGGCAAUGCAAGAAAUUCAUCUGUUAGUGGCCCUUUUGGGAGCAGGAGCUCAGAUACACCAAUGGAGUCUUAAUGAAGAUCACAUAAUUUCCUGUUUUGUUAACCUUAACUGAGAGUUUUAAACAGCUGGCCUAAGACUUCCUUCCUACUGCCUGACAUUCCUUUCUGCAACUGUGGUGAUACAGACAGAGCCAGUCUUUGUGAUUGCAUUUCAAACAGGUGACGUAUAGGGCUCUUGUUGCAUUUCUUAAAAAGAAUAAAAAAGAUUUUAAAAAGUUAAUUCCUUAAACAUGGCAUCUGUCACAGGUAAUCUAGGUCUGUAAAAUAGGUAGUAAUUUAGAGUUUUAAGAGGGGAAAAUCCUGUGGUCUUAAAAGAUGAGUAAACCUGGGCCUGGAAAGGUUGUGGUUUGGCACAGGAGGCCAUGAACAGAGGCAGGUACCCCAGAAACUCCACUUUCCUAACUGUUCUCAAAUCAGUGCUCAUGAUUUAGAAGCAUUCCCAGUGCUACUCGUAGAAUUUGGUAAGUAAAUUAAAAGUGACAUGCAGUGUCAUCAAGGAGUAGAGAGAGACCAUUCAUUCAUUUAUUCUCAAAAUAAUACCUAUUCUGUGCCUAGCACUAUUCAGGGCAUGGGGAGAUUCAAUGUCAAUAAGAAAAUCUUUCCACCUAACAAGGGAUGAUUCCAAUUAAAGUCUUCCUAUUAAGUAUGAAUUUUAGCAGGUAUUAAUAGUUUGAUUUAUGAGACCCAACCCUAACUUGGUAGAAGAGUUACCAGUUCAUGAGCCAUUAAUAUUUCCUGUAUAAUUCAUGAAUGUGACUUCAUUUUAGUGUUAAUAUUACAGAAUGUCAUUGGUGUAGCAGUUUGAGUUCACCCAAACCUCUCUUUCUACAAGACAGAUGUGUGAAUUAAAGAGAUUAAAAAAUGGAGUAAC